UAAUGUCAAUUCACCUAUUAAUAAUAAGAUCAUAUGCAUUAAUGUCAUUAUAGAAACAAUGUGAACAAUAUGGUGCGUACCUUGUUGAAAUAGAUACAUAUGCAGAAAAUGUAUGGAUCAUGGAGGCUUUUCUUCCUGCUUGGAAUAAUGCUGACUGCUCCAAUUGGCCAAAAUGCUGUAAUUUUUGGAUAGGGGCAACGGAUAUCGAUAACGAAGGAACAUUUACUUGGAAUCGCCAUACCAAUGUAACAUUUUCAAACUGGCGCAACAAUCAGCCUAAUAAUUGGGGAGGAAACCAGCACUGUGUCGAAAUUUGCCGAAAUGGAUUCUGGAAUGAUCUCAACUGUAACACCAAUAGUGCAUUCAUCUGUGAAAAAGAGUUUUGAUCCAGUUACAGUUCGAAUGCAAGAAAAGUGAUGUGUAUUUUUUUAUUGUCAAUGAUCUUAGGGAUAA